CUCUCCCCGCACGGGGAGUCGGGAGCCGGAGCCGGAGCGGAGCCGCCCAGCAUGGCAGCCUGCAGGAACAUUGUCAUUUUCGGGGCCACCGGCAUGACCGGCCUGGCCACCCUGGCGCAAGCCCUGCAGGCGGGGUACCAGGUGACGGUGCUGGUGCGGGACCCAGCACGGCUGCCCCCGGAGCACCGGCCGGCGCGGGUCGUGGUGGGCGACGUGCUGAACCCGGCGGACGUGGACAAGGCGAUUGAGGGGCAGGACGCUGUCAUCAUCAUCCUGGGCACCCGCAACGACCUCAGCCCCACCACCAUGAUGUCUGAGGGCACCAGGAACAUCGUGGCUGCCAUGAAGGCCCACGGGAUCCGGAAGGUGGUCGUGUGCCUGUCGGCUUUCCUGAUGUGGGACCUGAAGAAGGUGCCACCCAAGCUCCUGCCCGUGACGGAGGAUCACAUCCGCAUGCACCAAAUCCUGCUGGAGUCGGGGCUGGACUGCGUCUCCGUCAUGCCGCCCCACAUCGCCGACGACCAGCCGCUGACCGGGGACUAUACAGUGACGGUGAACACGUCCGGCGGCGCCCGGGUCAUCUCCAAGCACGACCUCGGCCACUUCUUCCUGAAAUGCCUCACCACCUCAGAGUACGACGGGCAGAGCGUCUACCUCUCCAGGAACUACCCCAAGGUGUGAGGGCGCCGUGCUGCCCCUGCCGCUUGGAUCCAGCCGCCAGCUGCCACUUACCUGCAACCUCGCUGCCUGCUCCGGAUCCGGGGGGCUCGGCCCAGCUCCUAGCCACUACCGCAGCGCAAGUGGGGCUGGCUGGGCCCCUGGAUCGGGGGCCAAAUGAGCUAAUCUGAGUUCAGGUCUGUCCUGUCCUCCACGGCCCGUGACAGGAGAGAAAAUUCAGCCUCCAGCUCCCCAGCGUCUUUCCGCAGGUCAGUUCGCGAAGCUCCUUCGGGGCCAGCGCUCCACCCCGGCUGGAGCUGCCCUGCUCACCCCAUGGCGACCCCUUGCUGCCGAGCCCAGGCCUCGGGCUGCCUUUGCUAUUCAGCUGUGGUUUGCUUCUCGCAGGCGGCAGGAGCCUCUGCCCACCUGCCACGCAGGGACGAGUAAAGAUUUCCUAUUUUCUCAGACUGCA